CAGGUGGGUUUCUCAUCCUAAGCCAGAAAUGAUUGCUCUGUAGUCUGUAUAUAUUAUCUGUUAAAGCAACUCUUACUCACUACAUAAAAAACAUGACGCUUUUGGCCAUCAAAAUGACUAGAUGGCUGACUCAGGUAGCGGUAUGGAGAUUUGUUGGUUUUGUUUCAACUAUUGUUGGACUUGUUUGUUACGGUCUCAGCUCCUCCUUCAACUACCUAUUUGGAGAGUGGAGCUUGUUGAAGAUCUUUCUUUACAGUGGUUUUAGUCUCUUCAUCUGCCUUGGGAAUCUGUUUGCAAAGGUAUGUCGACCCUCAACCUCAACGAGUCUCCGAUUCAAAGCUCAUUCAUCAUUCUUGGUUUUGACCAUCACAUCUGUGUAUUCCUAUUUUGCUGACAAAGCUAUGAAUGGAAAACCAGAUGUAUAUAGCUUGAUUUCAUGUGUUUCCUUUGCUAUCAUGUCGUUCAGCCUCUCAAGGCAAACUCAGUGUGGAUUUGAAGUGGAUCUUUUUUAUUUUUUCCUUGGAUGUUUAAUUGUAUUACUCUUGAAGAUUAAAUUUGCAUUAGCUGUUGUUGGAGUAGGAUUCAGCUAUUCCCUUAUUAUUCUUCGUUCCUCUUUAGACACCGCAUUGCACCAUAAUCUUGGGGCCCAAGUUGAUCAACUGGCUAGUACUACUGAUACUUCUGCAGUAGUGCUUUUCGUUGAUCAACUGGGCCGUACUGAUAUUGAUGUAGCAGCAGUGCAAGAUAUCGUUGUCGAAGGGCAACGGGAUAAUGCACAACGUGAUAAUGCUAGUAUGAUGCAACAACUCAUGGCUUGCAUUGAAGUUCUUAGGCAGGGCAAUUCGAAUCUCACCAACAUGCUUUUGGAGCAUACAAAAGAAUACUUUGAUGAUAAAUCAGAACUAGCUGGUGUGGACCAUAACUUUGUGAUUGAUGCGCUACCAUCUGGAAAAAUCAACGACCUUGAGGAAACCAUAAAGCUCAUGGUGGACGAUGGACUUGAGAAAGAGUGCUGCGAUGUGUACUGUAAUUGGCGGAGGGAAAGCUUAGAGCAGUGCAUAAUAAAUUUAUUACGGUUACAAGGGAUCAACAUCGAGGAAAAACUUGAACAGAGGGAAUUUCAAUAUUACAUUUUAAGAUGGAUUAAAGCUGUCAAUGUUGCUCAUAGGAUACUAUUUCCCAGUGAGCGACGACUCUGUGAUUGCAUCUUCUCGAGGUUCUCUUCUGUUGCUGCUCUUUGUUUCAAUGAGGUUUGUAGGGGAGCCCUGAUUCAAUUGCUCAAUUUUGCUGAAGCUGUUGCAAGUGGAAGCCCUUCAGAGUGGCGUUUGUCCAAAAUCCUUGACAUGUUUGAGACAUUGCGUGACCUGAUUCCUGAGUUUCAAUCGUUGUUUCCUGAGUCAAUGGUAAAGGAAGUAAUGAAAGUCCAUGACAAAUUAGGUGAGGCAAGCAGGGUCAUUUUCAUGAACAUGGAAAAUGUGAUUUUCCAUAUCCCAGAGACCAAGGUAAUUGCCCCGGCAGAUGGCAGGGUUCACCUAAUGACCAAACACGUCAUUCGCUACCUCGUUUUUACUAGUCGGGCACAAAAGAUCUUGGAGCAAAUUUUAGAACAAUACCCCAAGUUUGCUAAUGAAGUGGCAAAAUCUAAUUCAGUUUCUGAUCAGAUUGAUCAAGUAAUUAAGCGAUUGGAGACAGAACUUGUCACAGUGUCCAAAAACUACGACAAGCCUGCUUUGCGUUACUUUUUCUUGAUGAAUAAUUGGAGGUGUGUAGAGCUAGAGGCAAUUAAGUUGAGAUUAAACCUUGGUUGUUUCCAUAAAGACACAACAAAAGUGCAACAAAACCUCGAACUUUAUCAAAGUAGUUCUUGGAAUAUGGUGCUAAACUUUUUGAAGCUAGAGAACAACGAGCUAGUGGAGCCUAAUGCGAACGCAGAGUCACUGAAAGGCAGCCUCAAUUUGUUCAACAUGCACUUCAAGGAUAUAUGUAGCACUCAAUCUAGAUGGCUUGCCUUUGAUAAGCAGCUAAGUGAAAAAAUAAUAAUGUCACUCCAACACAUCUUGUUGCCAGCAUAUGGGAACUUCAUUGAGAGGUUGCAAGAUGUUCUUGGUAUACAUGCUUCUGAGUAUAUUAAAUAUGGAUUGUUUGAUAUUAAAGACCAACUCAACCAUUUGUUUCUUGGAAGCAUGCCAAUGAAUCAGUAUCUGAAAGACAAGGAAAAAUUGUUAAAGCUUGCAUAAACUGAUAUAUAAACUUUUUGUUAUCAUAGAAGUUGUUGUAAUAAGAUUUAUGACUUGUACUACAUGCCCUUCUAUGUUUUCCUUUUAGAAUGCAAACACAUUUUUCCUUUCUGUGUUGUUUUUGUAUUUUAGAUUGGCAUGAAUCAACUCGAAGUCCAAGUUGCAAAGGAGAACAUACUUUGGUUUUAUUGGGGGAGAAAUAACUGUAAAAAAAUUUGUCGACGGCUAUGUUGCGAUAA